UGAGCGCCUUGGCUUUGGUGGGGUGCCCGGUGCCGAGUCCUGCGCCCCCGGGCCCAGGUCCUCUCAUCCCGGGUCGGCUCUGUGCAGCUGUCGGGGAGUAGGGCAGGUCUAGCAGGGAAAGGAGGAGAGGCCGCUGUGCUGUGGGUCUGUGGUAGAGCAGUACGUAGUUGCAGGGGGAGAGGGAAGGAAGUACUUGCACUGCAGCAUACAAGUGAUGGGGCAUGAGGCAACGGCCUCAAGUUGCACCACGGGAGAUUUACAUUGGAUUUUAGGAAAAGCUGCUUCACCUGAAGGGUUGUCAAGCACUGGAAUGGGCUCCCUGUGGAAGUGGUUGAGUUGCCAUCCCUGGAGGUCUUUAAAAGACAUGUAGAUGGGGUACUUAGGGAACACGGUUUAGUGGGACUUGGCAGUGUUAGGUUUAUGAUUGGACUCGAUCUUAAGGGUCUUUUCCAACCUAAAUGAUUCUACAAUUCCAUAUAGUAGAGGCUGAGCCUUUGCUGGAUUUGGAUGAAACUUAGGUUCUCUGCCCUUAGCAGAGUAAACUUUAAGUUGGAGCUUGAUAAGUUGAUGAGUGUGGUAUGAGUUGUUGUCUUUUUCAGUGUAGUGGUUCUUGCAGCACACAAUCCUGAUGAACUCUUGGGGUAAUGCUUUUCUUUUCAGUACUUGACCUUGUGAACCCAUACAGUUCAGUCCUGUUCGUGGCCACAUCUUUCUUCUGCUUUACCCAGACUGCUUUAGCCUGUAGAAUUUUCCUGGCUGUUCUGUACCCACUGUCAUCAUCUCCUGCCAUGGCUCUUAAUUUUCCUGGUAUUUAAAGUCCUCACUCCUGCCUUUUUCUCUCAGCAUCUUCACCGGCAUGUCAGCAACUAAGAUUCCCACUUCCCACAGACAUAACCCACACUAUAUAUAGAAAAAAACCACUUCUCUUCCAGACCUCUUGGCAAUUCAACAACUUGCUUUUUGGUUCUGGACAAAUAGGAGCUGUAGACGAAUUAAGCCCUUCCUGCCCCACCUUGUUUGAGGCUUUCACAGCAAUCUAGAAUGUUUAGACAUUUGUUUUUAUGUAAUGGGACAAAUGUUGAAACUUCCUUGUCUGUUUCAAGUAUUUCAGCUGUUUCAUUGACACUUAAGGGACAUAGAUCCAUAAUUAUAGGUACAGCACUUCUAGUGGAAAGAAAGUUAUUUCUUCUAGUAAUAGGAGAAAAGGCUUCAGCCUUAACUGUUCUGAUACUUGCAGAGUAAAAAAGAUACCACCUGAAGCAUGUCAUUGCUAUUUGGAGGAGGUCCCUUGUGUAAACUGGUGUUACUUGGAAGAGCUGUGACCCAGGUUUUGUGUGUUGUGAAAACACCAUUAUGAAAUGAAAAUAUUAUGCAAAUAAAUAAUUUAAGCCCUAUUUAAUGUGAAGCAAAGCCCAUUUUCAUAAAACAGAAAAGUUUAAAAUUUGCCUGCCUUAUACAUUAAUUUUAGCAGUGAUAGUGUGCAUAUCAGUUUUAGAAGAAAGAGAUAAAAACUAUUUUGCAGUGGGCAAUUGGAAUGCUGUGUUCUGUGUCUUCAGAAAACAGAACUUUGACAAAACUCAUGUUUCAUAUCAUCUGUUUUGUAUGAACUAGCACUGGUCAGUGGCAAAAUGCUCUGCAAGGAAAUUUCUGAGCAACUCUAAUUAUUUUGCCCCAUCUGCAUUUCACCAGCUGGCAAAGUUUAUGACUUAAAUACUUCUGACACAAUGUUUAUACAGAACUGGAGACAGGCACAGUGUGGAAAACAUGUGGGUGAGCCGUGGCUAAUUACCUGACUCAGUGUGUACUGCACCAGUCAUAGCUGACAUCAGAUAACAGCCUGAAUCCUUGUCCCCUUAAGCCUUUACUGGUUGAAUAAGGAUGAUAAAUUGAGCUGUCAUCCCAUUAAUUUAUCCCUGCACACAUUUUCUAGAUUUCAUUUUACGUCUGUGAACAGAAGUUAAAAACACUUCAUUUUCACUGAUUCAGAUCUAGUGUUGGAGAAAAGCAUAGAGCUGGUCCUGUGAGCAUCUUCAUAAAGGUUGUCUUAAGUGCCAUGGCACGUCAUACAUCCAGUUCUUGUGUAAAAGAUCUGGAAAAACGUUUAUCAGCUGAAAUGUCUCCUCUUUGUUGCCAUGGUGUUUGGUUCAUCUGCACAAGCACAUGGUCAGCAUGCUCCCACUCCCCUCUGGCUACACUUACUUCUUGGGUGUGUAGCAGAAGAGGCCAAGAGCAGAAACUACUGAAAAAAAGUCAUGAGAAGUUACUGCUGGACAUAAAUAUCUUAAGACUAGCCAUUUAAAAAUGUUCCUCACUAUGAGAGUGCUGAGGCUGUAGUACAAUCUUCUAGUAAGUGUACAGAGGAUCAGCAGCUGAGCUGAUCUUAUGACUGACUUAUGAUAACGAAAGGAGCAUAAAAACAGUACUUGCAAUUGUGGAGGACAAAGAUGUCUUCCAGUCAAAUUCUAUUAUUUGGAAGAAGAGGAGAGAUGGAAAGUUUCUGAAUACAAAUUAGAAGAGAAGGUGCUAACAUCAGUGUUGUACACAGGAUAUUUGUUACGCUGCUGAAAGUCCUCUAACAUGAUAUGAGCAGACUAAGCUGUAGGUCAGUCAGACAUUUUCACUUAGUGGUAAAUACAAAUCCCUUUGGUAAGAGGACCGUGAUGUUUAUCCGCACACUUUCUGAAAGCUAAAAACAUCUGCAGGCAGUUGUGAAUUGUUGAUGUUUUGUAAUUUCAUAAGCUGGCUCCUCUUCAGUAAUUAAUUUCAGUCCUUGUGUAACACAUCCUAUUUACAUUCCAAAGUUUUACCAUGUUGAAGUACGGGUAUCUUUAAAGCAGAACAGUCCUUGUAGUUAGAUUCAUGUAAACAUGAGCCAUGCCUUUGUAUUUUUUAUUUUAUGCGGAUGAGAUGAACUAUGACAGUGUAAAAAGGUUAAGCAAACACAACUGGGUCCCCAGUACAGAUUGUACCUGUGUAAUUCUUUCAGAGCAAAGGUAUACUCUAUUACUGUGACAUAUGAGUACCAAAACAGAGCCUGUGAACUGGCCAGCUUUAGUUUUGGUGAAAACAAAGAAAUAUAAUAAUCUCUCCAUGUUUCUCCAUGUUCUUAUGACAGUCCUUUGUGCUCCAUCAGGCUAAGAUUGACCCAAUGUCUUUGGAAACACUGAACUAGAAUAUGAGAUCUUGAAGUUAUUGUGGUUUUGCAGCGUUGGUAGGAGGAUGAGUCUAACAUCCCAAACAUCAGUUCAGUGUAACUUAGGUUGCAACACCCUGUUUUUCACAGUAUUUUGAGAAAUGUGUGUCUUUGAUCAAUGUUUUAAUGUUCAGUUGCUCUUUCUUAAGUUGGGUUCAGGGAUUCUCAAACAAGAACUUUGGGUUUAUCAACAAUCAAACUGUGUGCUACCCUUGUGGCAAUUUCAUCCUCUUCCUGGACACUGAAACAAAGAUGACAACGGCGCUGCAGUGUCAGACUGGCCAGGUGGGAGCCUUCGCAGCGAACGCGAACAGUCAAGUGUUGGCCUUUUCAGACCGGAGGCUGAAUCCCGUCAUCUAUAUCUACACUUUUCCAGAACUGAGUAAACUGACAGAAUUAAAAGGUAAUGCUCAGCUGGACUACACCUUACUUGCGUUUAGUUUCGCAGGGCCGUAUCUAGCCAGUUACUCUUCAGUCCCAGAAUUUGUUCUUUCAGUAUGGAACUGGCAAGAAAAUGUCCUCCUGUGUAGUGAGUCUCAGCCAGGAGUAACAGUGACGUCUUUAAGUUUUAACCCUAUGAAUUGGCAGCAACUGUGUUUUGUUAGUGAGAGCUCCGUCACUAUCUGGCAUAUUGAAAGGAAUAAUGAUGAGCAUCACCUUAAGCGAAACCCUGUGAAACUCCCUGACAGACAAGGGUCCGUGAAUCUUCAUAAGGAUUUGUUUUUCCCAGUUUCUCGUAGUGAAGAUUCAUACUAUGGCCCAGAUUUGCCAGUUUCGGCCAUUGCUGGACUGGUAGGAGAUGAAGCAGAAACAUUCAUGCCUAGAAAUUAUAUUAAGCCUUCAGUGCAUCCUACUGCCCACUGCUGGACUGCAACCUCAGAAAUUUACCUGGGCUGUGAAGAAGGAUAUGUUUUGGCAAUUGAUGCUGAGACAGGCAGUGUUUCUGUUCUUCAACAAAAACCUCUACCUGAGUACAUGCGUAAAAUAUCGGACGUGGUGUCAUAUGUUCGUAAAGAAGUACAGAAAAAGAAAGGUGGCAAACCAAAGGACCUGCAAAAACCAGCUUUAUUUGCCAUGGCAUUUUGUAAAGAGGGACUAUACGCAGCUGGAAGUGAGGGCAUUUUAUUCUUUUAUCAUAUCAAAGAUCUGCAGUAUGAGAUGAAAAUCUGCGCUGAUAUCUUACAACCUAUAUCCAGCCUCAUAUUCUCUCCUGAUUACAACAUACUUCUACUUGUCACUGACCAGGGGACAGUCUAUACUUACAAACCUGCCCACAGUGGAGAAGCUGUCAAACUCCUGGACGCAUGCAGCAGUUGUUUUCUGGCAGCUGAUUUUCUUACUCCAGGGAACAAGUACUGUGUGUCUGUAACAAUUUCAGGUGAAGUACAAGUUUGGUUCCUGGAAGAUGGAACUUGCUUCAGCAAGCUAAACCUUGAUAUUGAGGCAACUGCUAUGGCUUGCUGUCCCUCCUCCAACUGUGUUGCUGUAGGGACCAAAAGAGGUCAAAUUUAUUUCCUUGAUGUUACCAACGUCGAAGCUCCACGGGUUGUUCACAGAAUUUUUCUUUCCAAAUUUCCUGUGCUGUCUUUGCAUUAUGAUCAGGGUGGCCAGUUCCUCAUCACUAGAGCUGCAGAAGGAUAUAUCUUUAUUCUAGAUGCCCGGCCUUCAAAAUUAUUCCAAGUUCUUGGAUAUGUAGUGGUUGCGGAUGAAGUGCUGGAUCUUUCUGUAGUUUCUGACUUCAGGAAUGACUUAGUUGAAGUGGUCAUACUUCUUAAUGUAGCAGAUGUCCAGCGAGCAAGACUGGAAAUUUUUUGUCUAGCUGCAGCACUCACAACAGAUAAUGAUAAGUAUGUUAAUGAACAAGGAAUGCUUAAUGCUAGUGCCAUUAAAAAGGAGCAAUAUGAUCUGGAUUACCCUUUGAGCUCAGCAGUCAGAUUGAAGGAUAACGUUGUGUAUGGCUACUGUACCUGUGCACCUUUCAUCUGUAAAUACCGUCUCUCUGAAGAGAAUAUGUUGGAAGAUUCAUCAGUAUUUUUAUCAGAAGAGAGGACUCCUACCAAUCAGUUUGGAUCAGGUUUCCUCUGUUUAUCACCCAACAGCCAGUGGCUGGCAUCAGCAGCAAAGGAUGGUGUUUUGUUCAUCUAUCAUACUUUUACUAUGGAUAUACUUGCUCGAAAGCAUUGCCACUCAUAUCAAGGAGGGGGAAUCAGAUCCAUGGUAUUUUCGCUGGAUGGCAAAUUCAUCCUCGUUAAUGGCGAAAAUGAUGGUGCCCUGGUGUGUCUGAAAUGGAAGAAGAUAAAGAAAAUGGAAGUUAAAGAAGCUGCUUCUCACUGGCAGUCUCUUCUUGCUAUACUGAACAAGUCUACUUUGAAUGAAAAUGCGGUUUUAAAAUCUAUGGCAGAGUGGCAGUUUGACCCAGAAUCCGCAUUGGAAUCACUUCCAGAAGAGAAACUUAUGGAAUCACCACUUAAAUCUUCCAAUGUAGAGGUGACAGAAGAAGAUGGAAAUGUCACCCCUUUGUAUUCAGCCAGUACCAAUGACAUGACAUGGAUAGAUCAGAAAAUAAAGAAGGUCAUUAGAGAAGAGACUCAGAGAUUUGCUAACCAGAAGAAAGAGCUGCAAAUGGGAAUUAAAAAACUGCGUAAAACUAUUCAGGAAAUGAUGCAUGAAAAUGAACAGGUGCCAGACAUUGAGAAACUGGAGCAGCAGGAGUUCAACCUGGAUAUAGAAGAACAGGAAAGAGCGCAAGCAGAGGCUGAACAAGAAGUGGCCAGGGUGAGGAAGAAGAUUGAGAUGGAGAAUUUAGCCAACCGCUAUUUGCAGGAUGUCAUCAAACGUGAGUGCUGGGAUGCUAUGUGUGUAAAAGGACGCACAGUGAAGUGCUUCCAUAUGGCUUGUGAAGUGAAGAAUUAUCCACUGAAGGAACGUAGUGAAGAAGAGCUGGAAACUUUGGAGAAAGUUCUCCGGUUAAAGGAGCUUGAGACAGCUGAUUUUAAGGUUCAGAAGAAAAAUCCUGAGAUUGAGCCUGAGACUGCAUUAUCUAAGGAAGAAGAGAAGGCAGAAGUAAUGGCUGAUGAUAGUGCAUCUUACUGCCUGACUGGAAGUCUUAGCUCUCACUAUGGUGGAGACACAUCUAUCCUAUACCACCAAUGGGACUUGCACACCAGGGAGCAGAAAGUCAAUCAGAUAGUAUUAUUGAAGGAAAUCAUAUAUAAAGUGAAAACUGCUUUUAAUAAGGAAUUUGACAUAAUUGCACGACAAAAGGAGCAGGAGAUAGCACGAGUGAAAGAAAGAAACCUGAGGAUCCGAGAAAUCUUGGCACAACUUGACCUCCAAGUGGAAGUGUGGGAGCCAGCUCUUACAGACGAUGAGAUACCAGAGAGAGCGCUCACUGUUCAGAAUUCAGAGAUCAAAGUUGAAAAAUUCCUGACUCAAAAAGAGAGAGAGAAAGCAGAAAUGCUGGCUAAGCUUGAAGUGAAAAGACACCUUGCUGCUCUGGACAAUGAAAGACUGCGUGCUCUUAAUGACAUGAUGGGUGGAGUGCUAGAAGUCAAAAAGGAAGACAUCUUGAAAAUGGAUAUUCCUCCACCUUCUUUUAUAUCCAAGCCUGAGCAUGUUUGGAAUGAUGAAGAAAAGAAAACAUUUAGAGAACAUGAGAAAAAAGUCAAGGAGCUGAAUGAAGAAAAAGAAAAGUAUAGAAGGGCACUGGAAAAUGAAUUGAAGAAACUUGACACUUCCAUCCAGCAAACAACACAAAACUUUGAUGAGACUGUGUGCAAACUCUCUGAAAGGAAAGUGAAAUUAGAGAUGGUCAUCUAUCAGGAAGAACUCAAAAUACUCAAUCUUGUUUAUGCUUUACUGUUGAAUGAAGAGUUGGACACUAGAGAAGCUGGACUUCAUAAUUUCCUUAUGAAAAAGGAGAAAGAAAAGGUCAAGACUGCAAGAACAAUCCAGACUACAAAAAGUAAAAUUGAAGCUUACACAGAGACCUAUGAGAAUGCAAUAGCUGAAGAGAAGAAUCUGGAGUGUGGUUUUACAAAGGAGUUUGCUGACGUACCUGUCAAUCUCCUUGAUGAACUUUUCCAACUUUACAAACAUCGACCACAGAUCCCAGUGACGGAAACGCUCCUUGACACUGCUAACCCAUAUGGGGGCUGUUCAGGCUCAGCUGAAGAUUACAAAGAUGCACUUGCCCUUUUAAUGAAAGCCAUGGAUGAACUAGAUAGUCCUGAGCACAUGCCUAUUGGCUUAGACCCAUCUAUAUGGGAACACUUUUGUCUAGCUAGACGAAAUAAAAUGGAAAGUGAGGAGCUGGUGAAAUGGAAAGCCCGAACGCUGGCAGAGAUGCAGGCCUUUCUCCAGAGAAGAUUGGAUGACAAUGAGAAGAUAAAGUCAGAAAUAGAAGAUAUUUUCCAAGAACUCACUUGGCUGCAGGAGGAGAAGAUGAAACUUCAGCUGAAUCUGACUAUCCAGUUUUUGCUAAAACAAGGACAAGUGGAAUUGGAAAGUACGGAGAUCCCAGACUACACUGAUGCCAUUCUCAUUAAUAAGAGUGUUAUUGAAGAACUGAAUUGGUCUAUCAUGGCUCAAGGGGAAAAAAAAAUCGCUAGCAUGGUGGAAUGUAAAGACUUCUCUAAAGGGAUAUUUCAGCUGGAAUGGGAACACAAGAAAAUGAGAAUGCAGAUAGAAGAUCUGAAACAGAAGGCUCGGGAUAUUGUAACACUACCUAUCUCAAAAGAUCGCCAGCUAUUCCUAACUGUGCUGAACUAUGACAGCCGCAUCGCCCACCACAUUUCAGUGAUGGAGCAGACCCUUGGCGUCAUGGAUAAGCUGCACAAGAAGAAUGUGAAGAACCGUCAGAGAAGAGUUAAAGAGUUGGAGAAGUGCAUCAGUUUAAAAGAGCAAGCAAACUACGAGCUCAGCAUGGAGCUGAAAGAAAUGCUUGUCUCUGUUUCAGAAAGGAGGCAUAUCUUUGAGGCAGCCGACACACAGCACAUUUCUGGAAAGACUGCGAAGCAGCGUUACCGAGAGAUUUUGAAGCAGAAACACCUACGGGAUCUUGUAAAGGAACAGGAAGAACAGUUUGAAAUUCUUCAGGCAGAAGUUGAAAGACUGAGAUCAAGAACAUUCCCUGUUCUUUAAAAACCAGAGUCCAGGUGGAUGUAUAAUGCCGUGGUCUUGUCCAAGCUCCUCGUCUUAGACAACUACCUUUUGUCCCUGAACUUUUCUUUCCACAAAUGGUUUCUUCUGCAAUUUCUUUAAAAAAUAACUUCAGUUUGAAAGAUGCAUGUUUUUCUGUUUUGUAUAUUUCAUACCUCAUUCCCAUUAUAUUUCAGUUCAUUAGAUGUAUUUCUGCUGUUUUGAUUAUAUAAACCAUAUAGCUCAUUACAGAAGACAAAGGGUACAAGAAAUUGUAGACUGAUAGAACAACAGCUGUAUUUGUAUAGCCUUAGUCUGCAAUAUCCAUUUGUAGAACAUUGUGAAGGUGAAGUACUGCAAGAGAUCAGUGAAUUUACAGUCCAUUAAUUUUAGCAGAUGUAUUUUGACUGCAUUUUGCUUUUUAAAAUAUCUUUACACCUGUGAUGGCACAGGUGUAGGUGUGCUACUUGGCCCAGGUCUGAAGGCUGCUGCUUAUGAUAGCAUAAUUACCCACAGCCAGCAGUAGCUGUGGCUGCUGCCACUGGCAGAGUCACAGGAAAGCCAGGUUUGGAAGCAUCUGGCCUCCUGAAAGAGCUGUUGCUAUCUCCCACCCCUUUGCACAGAUCUGUAAUCUAUUCUCCUGCCAGACCUCUCCAAGACAGCUCAGCCAAAGAACCCUUAAUAAAAUUAACCACUACUAGAGUAGGAUCUACCUACUCAGGCAUUCUGACUGAUUUUUAUUUCCUUUUAUCCACAGUGUGCAUUGAUUCUUCUCCUCCUUUCAUAAAUCCACAUAAAAUCCAAACUUAUUCCCUUAUAAAUGCAUUAAUAGCUUUGAUACGUUAAACAAAAAUCUACACCUGUAAGGAAAAACGACUUGUACACCACCUCUAUUUUUGCUUUACCAUCACUAACUGGGGUGCGUAAGGAUUCUAUUUACAUUCCCCUUCUUGCAAGACUUUUUUCUUCCUUCUGAAAUUUCCCUAGAAGCCACAAAGUUCCAAAUUUGCCAAGUAUCUCUGGGAAGAGAACCAACCCCUUCAUCGGGCACCAUCAUCUUCAUUUAUUUAUCUAAAGAGGCAGAUGAAAUAGUGUUUUAAUACAAAAUGUGCUUAGCAAUAAAGGUUGCUCUU